GGCGCGCGUCGCCGGGGUCCCAGACGCCCCGGCGGACGGAGCCCCCCGCGCGUCCCCGUUGGGCGGCCGGCCCCGGGCGGGCGGCGCGGCCCCUCCAGGAUUGGCUGCCUCCCCGUGACAUCACGCGGCUCGGGGAAAGUGCGAGCGUGAGCGCGAGUCGGAGCCACAGCGCCGGGAGCUGCGGGCGGAGCAGGGGCCGCCCCUCGCACCCCGUCCCCGCCCCCGGCCCGCAGCCCGGCCGCCCGGCUGCCCGCCCCGCCCGCUGGCCCGCGGGCCGCCCUCCCGUCCCGCCGUCUGUCAGGUGCGAAGGGAGAGGGCGGAGGUGUCUGACACUGCCGACCAGAAUGGCCAACUUCACGCCCGUCGACGGCAGCCCAGGCAACCAGUCUGUGCGCCUGGUCACGGCAGCCCAUAGCCGCUACGAGACCGUGGAGGUGGUCUUCAUCGUCACGGUGACGGGCUCGCUGAGCCUGGUGACCGUGGUGGGCAACAUCCUGGUGAUGCUGUCCAUCAAGGUCAACAGGCAGCUGCAGACGGUCAACAACUACUUCCUCUUCAGCCUGGCGUGCGCCGACCUCAUCAUUGGCGCAUUCUCCAUGAACCUCUACACCGUGUACAUCAUCAAGGGCUACUGGCCGCUGGGCGCCGUGGUCUGCGACCUGUGGCUGGCCCUGGACUACGUGGUGAGCAACGCCUCGGUCAUGAACCUGCUCAUCAUCAGCUUCGACCGCUACUUCUGCGUCACCAAGCCCCUCACCUACCCGGCCCGGCGCACCACCAAGAUGGCCGGCCUCAUGAUCGCCGCCGCCUGGGUCCUGUCCUUCGUGCUCUGGGCGCCCGCCAUCCUGUUCUGGCAGUUUGUGGUGGGCGAGCGGACGGUGCCGGACAACGAGUGCUCCAUCCAGUUCCUGUCCAACCCGGCGGUGACCUUCGGCACGGCCAUCGCCGCCUUCUACCUGCCCGUGGUCAUCAUGACGGUGCUGUACAUCCACAUCUCCCUGGCCAGCCGCAGCCGCGUGCACAAGCACCGGCCGGAGGGCCCCAAGGAGAAGAAGGCCAAGCCCCUGGCCUUCCUCAAGAGCCCCCUGAUGAAGCAGAGCGUCAAGAAGGCGCCCCCGCAGGCCGCCCGGGAGGAGCUGCGCAAUGGGAAGCUGGAGGAGGCGCCCCCGCCCGCCCUGCCGCCCCCGCCGCGCCCGCCGGCCGACAAGGACACGUCCAACGAGUCCAGCUCGGGCAGCGCCACCCACAACGCCAAGGAGCGGCCGCCCACGGAGCUGUCCACCACGGAGGUCACCACCGCCCCCGCCACGCCCACCCCUCGCCUGCAGCCCCGGGCCCUCAACCCCGCCUCCAAAUGGUCCAAGAUCCAGAUCGUGACGAAGCAGACGGGCAACGAGUGCGUGACGGCCAUCGAGAUCGUGCCGGCCACGCCGGCGGGCAUGCGCCCGGCGGCCAACGUGGCCCGCAAGUUCGCCAGCAUCGCCCGCAACCAGGUGCGCAAGAAGCGGCAGAUGGCGGCCCGGGAGCGCAAGGUGACGCGCACCAUCUUCGCCAUCCUGCUGGCCUUCAUCCUCACCUGGACGCCCUACAACGUCAUGGUCCUGGUGAACACCUUCUGCCAAAAGUGCGUCCCCGAGACGGCGUGGUCCAUCGGCUACUGGCUCUGCUACGUCAACAGCACCAUCAACCCCGCCUGCUACGCCCUCUGCAACGCCACCUUCAAAAAGACCUUCCGGCACCUGCUGCUGUGCCAGUAUCGGAACAUCGGCACUGCCAGGUAGACAGGCAGGGGCGUCGGAGGUGGUCCUGGUGGUCGCAUGUGUGUGCUGUGGGACCAUGUGGCUCCACUGUAUGGGGGCAAGGUGUGGAGGCACCUCUUGUGUCCAUGGUCGCUGAAGAGGACUGAGGUCCCAGGCCCUGUGAGGCUCAGGAGGAAGCUCUGGCUGGAUUCAGGGACCAGCUCUUUGCUCAGAGGGUCAGCCUAGGAAGGGUCUGAACCAGGACUGCCUGACUCAUCUCUCUUGUCCGCCUCAGGGAGCUGGGGG